ACUGUCAAAAAAACUCAGAUCCUCCUGCCCUGCCAGGGUGGUUUUAUUCAAUUUUCUGUUUACAAUUAAUAUAGUUUAAAUAUAUCAUCAAACCAUGCAGAUUUAAAUAACAUAAUUGAAGUUUUAUAAAUCUUGUUGUAAUAAGGUAAAACAACGACGGUAGUAAAGUUUUUAAGUACUUUGCGAAGUUUAACUUUAGGGCUAAAGUAACUUUAACCUAACGUAAAAAAUAAUAUCAAAAUGAAUUUCCAAGAAAACAUACUGUCGUUUUUAGAUUUACUGGAUUUAGACGAAGAGGUAAUAGAUUCCCGUCUUAAAUCUAUUAUGGCACGCAAAGAAUUCUCCAACAAGCAUUUGGUAAGUGCUAUACAAUUUCUACAAUAUAAACAACUUGUCAACAUGCAAGAGAACAGCGAAUGCGAAAAUGAUGAGGAAUAUGAGUUUGCCGCAAAACUUGUUAAAGAAAUAGAUUCAAGCAAUAUUGAUAAUAUUUGUAAAAUAAUUUCUAUCGCUCUUAGUUUAAAUACAAGCACAUUGGUAAGAAAAUCGGAACAUUUUAUUCAACAGAUUUUUAGUGAAUUAACCUUACAAGAUGAGACAGUUGAAGUAUCAGAUGAUACGAGAGCUAUUUUGAUUUUGAAAGUAGCAGACAGUAUACUACAUACAGUUUUAAAGCGUAAUAAGCAAUUGUAUUUGCCAUUUUUAGAGCUAUCUGUAGAAAGUAUAUUGAAAAGUUUGAAUGAAAAAUUGAAAAUUCAUUUUUUAAAUAGUACUGUGCCAGCAGUGUUUGCUUCUGUGACUGGUUUUAACAUACUUGACCUGAUUUGGAAUUACAUUGAGCAGCUAAAGGGAGAGGACAGAUCUAUUGCUUUGAAAGUAUUGAGCUCCCUUUCUGAUUAUUUCUUACCCACAUCAGAUAGCGAUGGGAUUGUAUUAUUUGAAUCUAAUAUUGUGAAUCAAUCUCAAUUUUGGCAUACCAUUUUGUAUGGUCUGUUAUCAACAGAUUUAUUAUUAAGAAAAUUAUCUGUGUAUCUUGCUAAAAGAGCAUUAGAUUAUGUGAACACUCUGAAAACUAAUGUUAUUGUGGAAUCGGAAGGCAAUAUAUUAUUUCAAUGGCUACAUAAUAAAAGUGAUUCCCUCAAAUUAAUGUGGGAUAAUUAUUUUAUUCUCAUUGACAGUUUAGAAGAAAAACAAAGUAAUAUUGUAUUGCCAUCUUUAAAAAUAUUUUCAUCUUUGAAAGACAUGGGACAUUGGCUAAACUGUGCCUUGAAUAUAGGAUUGAAACAUGAUAAUACUCAAGUAAGAUUAAAAUGUAUACAAUAUCGACUUGAAACAAAACUAAAUAGUCAACCAGAAGCUGUAACAUUACUUGAGGCUCUUAAUGAUAUAAAUAACUAUGCUAACAGCUAUGAAAUAGAAGUGUUGAAAACAAAAUUUCGGUCAUAUAUAAAGGAUGAGACUGUGUUUAUGUAUAUAUUUACAUCAAUCCCUACAAUACAAUGGUCACCGGUUCCUUUUUACUACAUAAGCAGCAUUCUAGCUAAUAAAGACCUGGAAAACAGUAUCAAGCUUACAGGACAUCAGACUUCAACUACAAUUAUAAACAUAUUGAAAAUUCCUUGUAACAAUGUGUCUCUAAGAAAAGCUGCACAUAUAAAUAUUGCUUAUUUUACUGCACAUUGUUGCACAGGGCUACAUUGGAGAGAUUAUGCUAACAUUCAUUUACUUUUACCCUUACUCUACCAGACCAGUAGUUAUUUGGAUGACCCUUUUGUAAGUUUGAUUAAAGAUAUGGUAAGAAAAGAAGAUAAGGAGUCAUUUUGUGAAUUUUUACUAGAGACACAUUUGAAUAUAAACUUCGGUCUACUCUACUUUCUGCAUCACAAGGAAGAUUUGUCAAUAUAUAUUGAGAUAUUAUUAGAAAAAUUUAAGAAGAUUGAUGAUAUUUCAAGUAGGCAAUAUUCAGAUAAAAGAGAUUGCCUUCAUGAUGUAAUUUAUUUGACUCAAUUAAUUAGAAAAUUAAAUACCAUAGAACACGCUGCUUUAGAUACAUUAAAUGUAGUAAUUUUGGCAAAAUUUAAAACUGUUUUGUUCUAUAUAUUGAACCUACUUCUUAGUAAUACUAUAUUAAGUCUCGAGGAUAUUAUUUUAGUCAAUGAUGGACUUUACACAAUAUCAAAUGCAAAAAAUAUUGAACACCUUAAAGAAGAUUUACUACAGCUGUAUAAGGCAUCACUGCUGUUUAUCAAAGAUAAAAAUGUAGCUUUGGAGAAUGUUGUAUUGUGUUUGCAUAUAAUGCAUAGUUUGACAAAUAGUGCAAUACUACUGUCUAAUUACAAGCAUGAGAUGUUGGCUUUAGAAGAUCUGCUAGUAAUUAUUGAAAAUUUUAAAAGUAAGCAGAGUAUGGGUAAAUUGAGGAAUGCGUUUUAUGAAAAAUCUUGUGAAAUAGUUUUCACAAUGCUUGACCAAAAAGAAAUUGAUAUAGAAAAGCAUGCCGACCAUUUAGUAAAAUAUAUUGAAGUUGUUUUAGACUGUGGUGGAUAUGGUUGCCUUAGAUUGUGCUUGAAAAUAUUGGUUAUGACUUUACCUUAUGUGAUUGCAAAAAGCAAUAUAAAUAUCAAUUUGGGGCAACUUGUUUUUAGAAUGUGGAAAGAAAUAGAGGAAUUGAAAUCUAACAACCAAUAUACACCAUGUAUUGAAGAAUUUGUCAACUUGAUAACACAUGAACAGCUGUUGAAAAUACCUGACUAUAACAAUACAGUAAUACUGUACUGUAAAAAAAUUAUAGACUUUAGUGCAGUCAAAGUAACACCACUAUACUAUUUAAUCAGUAAGCUUAAUAAUAUAGUUUUCACAAAAGACUAUGGUCAUGUUAUCUACAUUCUUUCUGAAGUGUUAAUGUACUCGCCUGUACCACGAAAAGAUCAAAGGAUUACUGAAAACCUUAUGGUGGAAGUAUUGCAAGAGCCUAGAUAUGGUUUUGAUAGAGCAAAAUUUGACUCACAUUUCAACUUUGAGAUCCAAUAUCUGUCUGUGCUCGCUCUAUCGAAGAUCAAAGACCUGGAAAUACUUAGCACCAUUGAAAAAUUCAUUAGAAACAAAAUAGAUGAUGUAUUUAAAAACAAAACGCGGUAUCAUGGCCACUCUCAAGCGCACAGAUUACUUUUAGCAGGGAUACAACAUCUGCUACUUAUAUCACUAAUGAAAGUUGAUCACCUUAAUACAUCUAUGGAGACUCUGAAUUGGUGUAUAGAGUUUUUAGGGAAAUUACCUCAUCAAAUCAGCGUGAGAAUAUGUCUGGAAUGGUAUAUAGCCUUGCAUUUGGAUAUAAUGGAAAUAGGUCUAGAUGAUGAAUUACUAAGGAAUCUAUAUGAUGUUCCAUUAACAUCAAAGCUCUUAGUGCUGUAUUGGACAGUAAAACCCUUAAUUACGAGAAAGAAAGACAGUAACUCAAGAGGUUUCGAAUUUGUAAUGGAUUUCUUACUGAGUCACACCAUGGGUCAGAUGUUCAAUACGAGACUCCAUGCACAAUAUUUAGCUGCUAAGCUAUAUUCUAUAUCUUAUAUUUUUGCCCCAAAAUAUCCAUUUAUUAUGACAGUGAUAAAAAGGACUCUCGGUGAGAGUGAAAAUGAGAAGAAUUAUAUGAAAAUGAAGAAUGACUAUUUUGCUAAUGACUUUGAUAUUAUUCAGGACUUGACGCCGAGUUUUGUUUAUUAUUUCUUACCUAGAUAUUGUGAUGCUGACAACAAUGAGACAGUCGAUAUAAAUUUCGUAAGAAACACUUUGAAAGAAAUAAAUUCAAAUAUUACUGUGAAACUACCAAGCACUAGUUUUCAUAAAGAAUGGAUUAGUUCUUAUAAAAAAGACGAUGAAGUUUUUUCUCUAAAAUUAAACAAGAAUGAAGGUUAUAAGAUCCUUGAAGAAGAAGAUGUUUCGGGUACCAUCCAAAAGAAGUAUGUUCCAUGGAGAAAUAUGACUGAUGUUUAUGCGUAUGAAAUGGAGAAAAAGAACUUGUAAGACUAAUGUGCUUUAUAAUAAUGUCUUCGAGUGAUGAAAGCGCAGAGAAUAUCGAAGCUGAGGACAGAAACGUUAUGGCUAGAUUAUCUUCAAGUACAAAAAAGCUCUAUUUUUGGACAUAUGAGGAAUUCAUAAAAUGGAAAAAUUCUAGGAGCAGUGUGGCACCUUUUUCCGAGGAUCUGUUCUUGGAAUAUUUUAGUGAAAUGUCACAGUCCAAGAAGCCCAAAACUCUGUGGUAUAUGUAUUCGAUGCUGAAGGCAAUGGUGCGUGUAAAGCAUGACAUUCAUAUCAAUACAUUCAAGAGCUUAUUGACCUUCCUAAAAAAUCAGUCUAAAAGGCACUCGAAGAAGUCCAAAACUUUUACAUCGCCAAAUAUUGAUACUUUUUUAAAGGAGGCACCGGAUGACAGUUAUCUUGCAUUAAAAGUAGCUCUGAUUGUCGGUGUGAAUGGCGCGUGUCAUCGUUACGAACUUAGUAAUGUAACGGUCAAUGAUAUCCAGAAACAUUCGGAUCACUUGUCUGUAGUCAUUUUGCCGAGUACAAAAACGAAGAGGUCUUUCGUCAUUAGCCGCAACGAGGAAGUGGCUAUUGUCGAAAAGUAUUUGAGCUUACGCCCCGCGGACAUGGAGACCAAUCGGCUCUUCUUGCAUUGUCUCAACGGAAGGUGCACCAAACAGGUGAUAGGGAAGAACAAAAUCGGUGCGAUGCCAAAACAAAUCGCGAAAUACCUCAAACUGCCGAAUCCGGAGCUCUAUACUGGACAUUGUUUCCGGAAUACAGCGGCUGCUCUUUCCAUACCAGCAUAUCAUCAGCCAAUGGGUGUAGAACGUUGUGGUGUGUGGCCAUGGGUGCAACAAGAUGCGAUCGCAUCGAAAGCUACGUCGUGUCUGCGUGAAACGUCGCCAUUGCUAUCUGAAUCCAAUCGUUGUCAUGAAGUAAUCAUUAAACAAGAGUUGGAUACCGAAAUUAUGUCGAUUAAGGAAGAUAGCGAAGAUGUGCCAGUCACUAAUAUUAAGGUAUACGUACACAAAAUUAAACGAUUCGAUUCGAUUAACUCGCCCACUGAGCCAUGGGUGCAUCAGGAUGCGGUCGCAUCGAAAGCUACGUCGUGUCUGCGUGAAAUGUCGCCAUUGCUAACAGAAUCCAAUCGUUGUCUAAGUCAUGAAGUAAUCAAUAAACAAGAGUUGGAUACCGAAAUUGUGUCGAAUAAGGAAGAUAGCGAAGAAGAUGUGCCACUCAGUAAUAUUAAGGUAUACGAACACAAGAUUAACCGAUUCGAUCCGAUUAACUCGCCCACUGAGCCAUGGGUGCAACAAGAUGCGGUCGCAUCGAAAUCUGCGUCGUGUCUGCGUGAAAUGUCGCCAUUGCUAACUGAAUCCAACCGUUGUCUAAAUCAUGAAGUAAUCAUUAAACAAGAGCUGGAUACCGAAAUUGUGUCGAUUAAGGAAGAUAGUGAAGAUGUGCCAGUCUAAUAUUACUAAUAUUAAGGUAUACGUACACAAGAUUUGAAAAACGCUGCAAUGUAUUUAUUAUUUAAUAAAAAAUACCUCCAUACCUUUUAAAUCUACAAACAUUUAUAAAACAGAGUUGCUUCCGCAGUCUGUACGCUCGGAUCUUUAGAAUUACGCAACGGAUUUUAAUGCAGUUUUCAGCAAUUGAUAGAGCGAGCGCAAGAGAAAAGUUUAUGUCAAUCCGUCAAGAAAGUCAAUGUGUUUAAACUUUCCUCCUUAUUGAACACAGACGCCCUGCUCACCGCAUAUCACAGCUUAGCUGCGUCAAUUCUGAGAUAGGGUAUUAUCUUCUGGGGGAAUUCUACUGACAAAGAGAUAGCAUUUAAAAUGCAAAAAAGAUGUUUAUGAGCAAUGUUUGGUUUAAAAGCUAUGGACAGUUGUAAACCUUAUUUCUUAAAAUAUAAAAAAUGGCAGGUGUACUGGAUCGCAACAGACGUGAUAACAGUAGACUUUGCAUGCCCAACUCCAGAACAGCUCUCAUGGGAAAUAAUGUAUUCUGUAUGGCUCCUCGAAUAUAUAAUAAACUCCCAACAUCUUUGAAAGAUUUAAAUUAUAAUCUGAUUAAACAGAAAAUCAGGAAAUUAUUAAUUGAUAAAUGUUAUUAUAAUGUAUCACAAUUUGUAAUUGACAAAUUGUGAUUUUAUUUUAUUUUUAUUCUAUUAUGUUUAUAGUUAUGGCAAAUUUAUUGACAUUUAAUUAUUGAAUUGACAGUAUUGACAUUUUGAUUUUUGUAAUUUGAAUCUUAGAAUAAUAAUUAUGAAUAUAAAUAAUAAUUAAUUUGUAUGCCGAUAUUGGCACAACAUGUUAUGUACUAAGCUUAUUAUCACUGAACGUCUUUCUUACACAUGUUGUUACAAAUAAAAUUUCUUACUUUCUAGAAUUUGCCAGUUAAGUACAUACUUCUUUACUGUCCGAUAUACAUAUAAACUUGGCUACUUUAUUUACCAGAUACGUUAUUGGUACAUCUAUACUUGAAUAUUAAAAAGUAGCUUACUAUUAAUAUUACAUUAAACAAUUGAUUACAUAACCGGC